GAACCCUGCCUGCUGCUGCUGCACGAACAUCUGAUCGACACCCUGACGAUCGAGUGCACGACGAUGUCAUAAGGGUGCUCCUCUAGUGAGAGGGUGAGCUAUCCGGAUCUCCGAACGAUCGCGGAAUUCCCCGACAGUGGAAGUCGUCCUUUCUGAUGCCCCCCCAGCACCGGGAACUCCAUUCGCAAAUGUGAUCUGUGUGUGACAGCGAAAGUCGGCGGCAUUGUGAUCACAGCUGCGAUGUCGGGGAGAAUGGGUGAAUGGAAUCUCAAACUCCCUUACGAGGAGAAGCCAAUACGAUUACAGCCUUCGAUGAUUUUCGUCGGUCGGACCGAAUGCGAUAUCGUGGUGAACUCGACCACUGUGGACAAACGACAUGCCGUUAUCUACUUUAAUCAACAAGAUCAGCAGUUCCACAUCAAGGACCUCAACACACUGAGCGGCACCUACGUCAAUGGAACGAGAAUUCCGGAACAAUCAUACGUGAAACUCGAGCAUGGAGACCAGAUUCGUUUUGGCUACCAUAAACAAACUUAUGAAAUGCAAUUGGUCAGUGAUGAUAUGCCGACGCCGACUACUCCAAUGGACGACGAUGACUCUCUCAACGACGCCAAGAUGAAUAACUUGAAGUCUCCAACGUCCCCCCGAUCCGAAGGAACGUGCAUUCCCCCGAGCGACCUCCCAUUGAAGAACAUGGUCUCAUCGUAUUGUGCGCCGGUCAGAUCUCCCAGUGAGCCUCAAAUCGACAACCGGAUGGUCGCUAGUUUGUGGGAUAGCCAGGACGCUGGUGCGAACAGGCUCAGAACUCCGACAAGACGACCUCCUGCCGUAGCGAUGGUGAUACCCGCCGGCAUCACUGACAAUGGUCAGCGAUACAGUAAUCAGAAAGUGAACAAUGUCAAGCCCGCAGAGGAGACUAACGGACAGGAGAAGGCCAAAGCGUUUGUGAUCAACUUCGAUGAACCAAAGAGGAGAGCAUCGAUCCCUCAAAGCGUGCUCCAACGGAGGGAUCAGGCCGCUCGGAAUAAGGAAGAGGACUGCAGGGUCAGUGGGGAUUCCACGGGGGCCAAUGGGAAUCUCUCGGACAGUGCCAACUUUCUUAUUCAGAAGAUGCUGCAGAGUAACGAAGGCAUCAACGCAGAGUAA